AUGAGUAACGUCCAAAUGAUACAAUAUUCAUGCUUCGAAAAUCUUCCAAAUGAAAUCUUUCACGAAUUGAAAUCUUAUCUUACUGCUAACGAUCUAUAUCUAGCUUUUUUCGGUCUUAAUACUCGUUUUAAUGAACUCCUUCGUUCUCUUAGUAAUCUUCAUUUUGAAAUUCGCUCUGCUGUCGACGAUCAACGUACUGCAACUAAUUUUUUCGGUUCAAGUAUAGUUAGCGCCAGUGUCCGUCACGAUAGUCAUGCAGCAUCUAUUUCAUCAACAUUUUCACAUCUUCGUUCGCUCACACUUCAACGUGCAAUUCGAUUGACAUCAACUACGUUUUCAACUAUCGAAAGAGUCACGCUUGAUCUAUCCAAUAUGCGACUCAAACAUGCCGCUUGUCUGUGUCAAUGGCUCUUUUCUGGUCAGGGUCAGUCUCUCCGUGUCUUUCAUCUCGUACACAGAAAACGUCGCGCUGUUGGUCAUUGGAAACCAUGGAUUGAUUCUAUUCGUGGUCAAUCGUCGACAUUGAAACUAUUCAUUUACGAUAUUCAACCGACGAUUGAAUGGAAUGUUUUCGUUCGCUUCCUCAGCAAGAUGCCUAAUUUGGAACGGUUGGUCGUUAAAAAGUUAAAUACACGCAAUCGUUGGGCACAAUGCAAUCUUGCAGAGACACUCAAAAGGAAUGUGCCAAAUCUUAAUUUUCUUUCAGUCCGACUUACAUUCUUAAACAAUAAUACUCUUACGAUUUCAAAUGAUGAUGAUGAUGAUCGUCGUCUUCAUCCAUUAUUUACGCAUGUUAUCUCAAUGAAACAAAGAAAAUUAAGUGGCUUCAAUUCCACAGUCAUAAUUUCAUCGUGA